AUGUCACNGGGCAAAGCCUACAGUUACUUUACAUCUAAUUGGCUGAAAGAAGUCUUUUACCAUGAUAUAACACAGUCGUCAAAAUACUGCCUAUUAAAAUCGGAAACAACACCAUCCCAAAGCAUCAACAACCCUCCACAUAAAAUAUGGGUCUGUAUUGAAAAAAUCACUGGAAAUAUCAAGUCUGCAUAUUGCACCUGUUUUGCAGGGCUUGGAUCAACCUGCAAUCACAUUGCAGCAGUGUUAUUUAAAGUUGAAUAUGCAUGGAAAAAUGGCCUGGUAAUAAAAGACUCACCAACAUCUGUUGAAUGUGUAUGGAAGAGUUAUGGGACCAAGAAAAAAGGACAGAAAAUUGAACCAAAAAGAAUUUCUGAACUCCCCAUCAGCAAGCCCCAAUACAAAAAGAAAAAAACUGUCAUAAACAGCAAAGAAAAACAAGAUUUUUUGCCUCUCUCUGACAGUUCUCAUGAUAAACCAUCACACAAAAAUAUAAUGUCCAGUUUAUAUCCAAGCUUACCUAAUGCAUGUGGUUUUCGUUAUGUCAGUUUUACAAAUCAGCCUAAUUUUACUCCAGAUGAUGAUAUUAAUGUUGAACAUACUGUGGAGGUUCAGACUUCACCUUCUGUACCUAAGAGCAUUUUGGACAUGCUAUUUACUGCUGAUACAGAGGAGGAUAUUAUGACUAUGUUGUGCAACAUAAAUAAAGAUGAGGUAGCUGCUCUGGAGAAGUACACACAAGGGCAAAGUAACAAUGUCUUGUGGAAGAAUCAACGCUUUGGACGAAUUACUGCAUCAGUCUCUCACAGAGUAAUGACAAAAGUUAAUACAUUAACAUCUGCAAAGUCAACAGUAAAUUGUACCUCCUUAUUGUCUACUUUAUGUCCUGAUAAUAAAGUUUGUGAAAUCAAGAACAGUGCUUUACUUUAUGGUAUUCACAUGGAGGAUGAAGCACGUACAGUAUAUGUUGAGCAACUAAAAAUGCAAAAACAUAAAAAUGUCAGAGUAUCACCAUGUGGNUUGACACUGACAGAUGGAAGAGCCUGA